AUGAAAGCUUCAACUAGUCUGGCCGUGGCCGCCGCCUUUGCGCCCUUGACCAUGGCGCGUUUCCUCGACUUUGCUCAGCCUGAACGACGGGAUCACCCUAUGCCUGCCGAAGCUGUACCUGCGGAAGCCAUGCCUGCAGAGGCCAUGCCUGCUGGAUACCCUCUCCCUGCAGAGAUUCUCAAUGGACACAAGAAGGUCGUGUCGGGAGGUCACAAGAUCUCAAAGACCGAGAUCAUCAUCAUCUGGGCAAACCCUGGAGCUGGUGCCGAGACAACCACCAUCAACGAAAAGGUCACAGUCACUGAGACCGUCACCAAGGGAGGCGAGGCCGUUGCUACUCCUGCAGCUCCUCAACAGCACACCGUCACUGUUGGUGGCCCAGGAGGUCUAGUCUACCAGCCUGAGCAGCUUGACAAUAUUCCCAUUGGCGACACUGUUGUCUUCGAGUUCCUGUCACAGAACCACACCGUCUCUCAGUCUGGUUUCGACAAGCCUUGUGCUCUUCUCGAGGGUGGAAUGGACUCUGGUUUCAUGCCCAACCCCAACAACACCGUUUCUCCUCCCCCCCAAGUCGCUAUGCAAGUCAUGGUUGACACUCCUCUCUGGUUCUACUGCAAGCAAGGCAACCACUGUGGUAAGGGUAUGGUCUUCUCCAUCAACCCUACCGCUGAGAAGACUCAGGCCAAGUUCAAGGAGAUGGCCAUCCAACAGAAUGGCGAUGGCAAGGCUACUCCCAUCACAGGCGGCGAUGCUGCCCCUGCACCUCCCGCACCUCCUGCUGAGUCCAAGCCUGCUGAGGCUGCUCCCCCGGCCCCCGCUGCCCCUGAAGCCACAGGAGUUGUCCCUGGAAAGGGUACCAUCGGCGGCGAUGGCAGCUGUGUAUGCAUGGUCUCCUGCUCAGCUGGUGGAUUCCCAGCUCAGGCCCAAGGCAUCAACUCAUUUGGCGGCAUGGGUGGUGCCAUGCCUUACAAGUUGGAUAGUGUGGUUUAA